AUGUAUGCGCAGAAACUUGAGGGACAAAGUUGGAUCGGGGAACGUAUGGAUAAGGCAAAGAUUGAUAAGAUGAGUGACCAACAAUUGGGACAGUUGUAUGAGCUCAUGCAAGCAAUACGAAAGAAGCAAGCAGAGGAAAAUGGCGAGGAUUCGGGGCCCGAACAGCUAUGA